GCUUAGCUCUUUUGCUGAGGAAAUCGGAAGUUGGCUCAUGUGUUGUUCCUUGGGUUCUGCUGAGGCUAGAGCUCUCUGCACCCGCGACACGGUGAUCAAGGGCUUCUGUUCCCAUAGUGGGAGGAGUGGCCGGCCAUGAUUGCAGUGACCUAUGAUGAUGUGCAUAUUGACUUCACUUGGGAGGAGUGGACUUUGCUGGAUUCUCCCCAGAAGAAUCUCUACAAAGAUGUAAUGUGGGAGACCUACAGAAACCUCACUGCUAUAGGUUGCAGUUGGGAAGAUCAUAAUAUUGAAGAACAUUGUGAAAGUUCUGGAAGAAAUGGAAGGUUCAAAAAAUGUCAUAGUGGAGAGAAACCCUGUGAAUAUAUUCAAUGUGCAAAAGCUUUUUCACAACACAGUCAUCUUCAAAUGCAUGAAAGAACAUUUUCUGGGGAGAAACCCUACAAAUGUAAUCAUUGUGAUAAAGACUUUGCAUAUGCCACUAGUCUCCAACUACAUGAAAGAACACAUACUGGAGAGAAACCCUACAAAUGUAAUCAGUGUGAUAAAGACUUUUCACGAUACAGUGAUCUCCAAAUACAUAAAAGAACACAUACUGGAGAGAAACCCUACAAAUGUAAUCAAUGUGAUAUAGCCUUUGCAAGUCAUAGUCAACUCCAAAUACAUGAAAGAACACAUACUGGAGAGAAACCCUACACAUGUAAUCAAUGUGAUAAAGGUUUUUCACAAUAUGGUAAUCUUCAAAUUCAUGAAAGAACACAUUCUGGAGAAAAACCCUAUGAAUGUAAUCAAUGUGGUAAAGCCUUUACAAGUGCCAGUAGUCUCCGAACACAUGAAAGAACACAUACUGGAGAGAAACCCUACAAAUGUAAUCAAUGUGAUAAAGCCUUUUCACAACACUGUCAUCUCCAAACACAUGGAAGAACACAUACUGGAGAGAAACCCUACAAAUGUAAUCAAUGUGAUAAAGACUUUUCACGACGCAGUCAACUNCAAAUACAUGAAAGAACACAUACUGGAGAGAAACCCUACAAAUGUAAUCAUUGUGAUAAAGACUUUGCAUAUGCCACUAGUCUCCAGCUACAUGAAAGAACACAUACUGGAGAGAAACCCUACAAAUGUAAUCAAUGUGAUAAAGACUUUUCACGACACAGUGAUCUCCAAAUACAUAAAAGAACACAUACUGGAGAGAAACCCUACAAAUGUAAUCAAUGUGAUAAAGCCUUUUCUGGACACAGUAAUCUUCAGAUUCAUAAAAGAAUACAUUCUGGAGAGAAACCCUAUAAAUGUAAUCAAUGUGGUAAAGCCUUUGUAUGUACCACUGAUCUCCGAAGACAUGAAAGUAUACAUUCUGGAGAGAAACCCUACAAAUGUAAUCAAUGUGAUAAAGGCUUUUCACAACACAAUGCUUUCCAAAUACAUAAAAGAAGACAUUCUGGAGAGAAACUCUACAAAUGUAACCAAUGCGAUAAAGACUUUUCACGACAUAGUUAUCUACAAAUACACGAAAGAACACAUACUGGAGAGAAACCCUACAAAUGUAAUCAAUGUGAUAAAGACUUUUCAGAACACAAUGCUCUCCAAAUACAUAAAAGAACACAUACUGGAGAGAAACCCUACAAAUGUAAUCAAUGUGAUAAAGCCUUUGCAUGGACCACUAGUCUCCAAAUACAUAAAAGAGCACAUACUGGAGAGAAACCCUACAAAUGUAAUCAAUGUAAUAAAGCCUUUUCACAACAUAUUAAUCUUCAAAGGCACGAAAGAAUACAUUCUGGAGAGAAACCAUAUGAAUGCAAUCAAUGUGGUAAAGCCUUUGCAAGUGCCAGUAGUCUCCAAAGACAUAAAAGAAUACAUACUGGAGAGAAACCCUAUGAAUGUAAUCAGUGUGGUAAAGCCUUUGCAAGUGCCAGUAGUCUCCAAAGACAUAAAAGAAUACAUACUGGAGAGAAACCCUAUGAAUGUAAUCAGUGUGGUGAAGUCUUUGCAUGUGCCAGUAAUCUCAGAGUACAUGAAAGAACACAUGCUGGAGCAUAACCCUAUAAAUGCAAUCAUUGUUUUAAAGACUUUUCAUGACACAUACUGGGCAGAAACCCUACAAGUGUAAUCAAUGUGGUUUAAGCCUUUGCAUGUGACAGUACUCUCUAAAUACAUAAAAGAACACAAUCGGGAAAGUAACCAUACAAAUGUAAUCAAUGUGAUAAAUCCUUUUCAUGACACAGUCAUCAUCAAAUGCAUGGAGAACACAUUCUGGAGAGAAACCCUAUGAAUGUAAUCAGUGUGGUAAAGCCUUUACAUGAAUCAGCAGUCUUUGAAAUCAUCAGAAAAAAAUAAUCAUACUACAGAGAUACCUAGAAAGGUAGUGAGUAUGGCAAAGUUUUGCACUUCAGGUUAGUCUUUAUUACAAGAGUAAAAUUUCAGUGUGUAAUUGGUAUUUUAAAGUCUUUUCAUUUUACAGUAGUCCUUGAGGACCUGAAAAAACUAAUACUCAAGGAAAUCUGACCAUAAAGAGUUUGAUAAGAUCUUUAUCCAACUGACUUAAAUUCAGUUACACAAGUUUAUUCUGGAGAAGAAAUCUGACAAGUGUCACCAAUCUGUUCUAGCAUUAUGAUGUCUCUCUUUAUUUUAUUUGCACCCGCAAACUCAUAUGAUGAAAAUAACUAUGAAUUUAAAUCAUGAGGUAACCCUUUUAAAUUCCACAGUUCUCUUAAAUUACAUAAAAUAACAAUCCAGUUGUAAAAUUUAAUGGAUGUGUAUUAAUGCCUUUUCUGUUGCUGUGAUAAAACUUUAUGUCUAAGUCAACUCAUGAGUGAGCCCUUGGUUCUAGAGGGAUAUAGGAUCACCAUCAAAGUGGCAUGGCAACAAGUGUCACACAUGGCAGCUAAAGCAGGAAGCUAAGAACUCACAUCUUCUACCUGCGGUAUGAAGGUGAAAAUGGGAACUGGAAAUGGUAUGUGGAUGUGAACUCAUGCUCAACCCCAGGGGCAUCCUUCUUCCAGCAGGGCAAGCAUUACCCAUAUCUUCCCAAAUGAUACUACCAACUGAGAAAGAUUGAUUUCUCUGACUUCAAGUUUACAUGCCUGCUUUCUGUUUUAUUAACCAGUUCACGAUGAAGAAAAACUCUGUAAGUAAGCCUUUUGAUGCUUCCACACCUGGGUUACAGGAAUAAAUGCUUACAAGAGAAAAACA